CCGCUGCCCCAUGGCUGCGCCGCGCCCCGCCCGAACCCCGGGACCCCCUGCCCGGCUCCUCCUGCCCCUGCUCUGUUGGGCCCUGGCCUCCUGCUGGACGGACGCGAUGGCGCUGCAGCCCCCCAGCAUCACCGUCCUGCGGAAGCCGACACAGCCCCCCCGCCCAGGUGAGAGUGUGACGGUGUCGUGCGAGGCGGUGAGCGACCUCCCCGAGCUCACGCUGCUUUACUGGCUGGGAAACGGCUCCUUCGUCGAGAAGCUGCACCCGGACGGGGCCGUGCGCGAGGGGACGGUGCUAGAGGAGCCGCGAGGCUCGGGGGUGGCCCUGCGCCGCGACCUGCACAUCGUCUCCUUCGGCGCCCGGCACCUGAGCACCAAUUUCACCUGCGUGGUGCUCAGCCCCCUCGGCGUCGACACGCGGGAGCUGAAGUGGCCUUCCCCGGCCCCCGCCGAGAGCGGCGGACUGGGCUGAGACCGGGGAGCAACUCGUGACGGGUGAGCGCCCCGCGGUCUGGGUCCCCGCUCCCAACGGCCCCGCACCGCUGCCCCAGGGACGUGAUGUCUCCCGGGAGGUCUGUCUCCGUGCCCCGCCGUGGGGGUCCCCACGGCCCCGCGUCAGCUGGCCCCGCUCUGCGUGGGGGUCCCGGCCCCCCCCCACCCACCCCGCUUCGCCUCGCCGAGCCGGGAGCGCUGCCCGGGCCGGCCCUGGGACCUGCCCGCAGCCGGCUGUGGGACCCCAGAAUUUAUUAAAGAACAUUAAGGCUG